CGUAAUGUGUUUAUUUCGCAGUUAACGAUUAUAAGUAAUCCGACACGGGCCGUGAAGGAACAUCCGCACACGUAACAUUCCCAAAAUGUCAGGCAGAGACAGUUGAAGUCGUCGGUGAUCGAAAAGUAACGCUCAGAACCAUAAGAGGGAAGCACUCUCAGUCGUUCGGGCGAAGGGGGCAGAUGCCCCGGGGAUGUCCACACACACACGCCCUAACGGAGCAGAGCACAGCGCUCCCGUCUGAACGAUAAGUGCAAAAUCACUUUAGGAAGUUUGUCUGCUGGCAUAUGAAUUUACAGGCUGGGACUCGUCAAGGCGAACCGAGUAAUAAGAGCGACCUUUGGUUAUAAUGCGGGUCUCUUCCGCGUUGGAAAGUUCAGCCGGGAUAAAGGGGAGGGUUACUGCAGUUCACUGUCUUGUUUACGGGGGCUGUCAAAGACCGAGGCACGCUCCCGGGAGGGAGCUUUCUUAAUUUCCCCAUUUCAGCUGGCUCACCAUGUUUUCCCACCUGAAGCGUGGCUGUUAUUCGCUCAAGAGGCUGGAUGCGCAGGCGGGGAUGGGGGCUGCGGCGGCUGCUGCGCUCCGUUACGGCGCCUCCCCUGCCCCGUCGGCGGCUGCCGUUAGCUACGGCGCCCGGCGGGCUUCGUCCAGCACUCAGGCGGUGGCCAGCAGAGGCAGACUGAAAGCCAUGGACGAGCUGCCGGGGCCCAGCUUUCUCACAUCCCUCUACUGGCUCUUCGGAAAGGGCUAUUUCCAGAAAGCGCACCAAAUGCAAAUUGAACACAGCAAGAUCUAUGGCCCUCUCUGGAAGUCAAAGUACGGGCCGCUAGUCAUCGUCAACGUGGCGACUGCGGAGCUCAUCGAGCAGGUGCUCAGGCAGGAGGGGCGCCAUCCGGUGCGUACUGACAUGCCGCAUUGGAGGACCUACCGCGAGCUCCGCAACCAUGCCUACGGACCGCUCACUGAGUUGGGGGCCGAGUGGCAACGCAUCAGGAGCAUCCUGAACCCAAGAAUGCUGAAGCCCAAGCACGUGUCCACCUACACGGGGGCCAUCAAUCAGGUGGUGAGCGACUUCAUUUUCAAAAUCGAUUGGCUCCGACAGACCCAGGCGGGUGGGACCAUUGUGCACGACAUGGCUGGAGAAUUAUACAAGUUUGCCUUUGAAGGCAUCUCCACGGUGCUGUUCGAGACCCGCAUGGGCUGCCUCAAUAAGACCAUCCCAGAGGAGACACAGAAGUUCAUCUUCUCCGUGGGAGAGAUGUUCCGCCUCUCCCCAAUCAUCGUGCUCUUCCCUAAGUCCACCUGGCCCUACUUGCCCUUCUGGAAGCACUUUGUGUCCGUCUGGGACCACCUCUUCAAAGUCGCUGGAGAUCUGGUGGAGAAGAAGAUGACUGAGAUCAGUGCGAAGAUGAAGCAGGGGGAGCCCGUUGAGGGGGAGUACCUGACCCACCUGCUGGUCAGUGAGCAGAUGUCUGUCAAUGAGGUUCUGGGGAGUAUCACUGAGCUGCUUCUGGCCGGGGUGGACACGACGUCCAAUACCAUCUCGUGGGCCUUGUAUCAUCUCGCUCGGGAUCCUCUCAUCCAGAACCAGCUGAGCGACGAAGUGUCCAGCAUCUGCCCCGGGGACAAGGUGCCCACCAGUGACGACAUCACAAAGAUGCCUCUGCUGAAGGCCGUCGUGAAGGAGACCUUGAGGAUGUAUCCAGUGGUGCCUGGAAAUGCCCGUAUCACCGUUGACAAUGAAAUUGUGGUUGGAGAUUACAUCUUUCCAAAAAAUACGCUGUUCCACCUGUGCCACUACGCCGUGUCCUACGACGCGCAGAACUUCCCGCAGCCGUUUGACUUCCGGCCCGAACGCUGGCUCCGGAACGCCGACCGUUUCAAGCAGCACCCCUUCAGCUCUGUGCCCUUCGGCUUCGGGAUCCGCGCCUGUCUGGGGAGGAGGGUGGCUGAGCUGGAGAUGUACCUCAUCCUUUCCAGGUUAAUAAAACACUAUGAAGUACGGCCAGAUCCUUCUGGAGCCACGGUGCAGCCGAUCACCAGAACCCUGCUGGUGCCAUCCACGUCCAUCAACCUGCAGUUCCUGGACAGGAAAGCUCAGUGAGCGAUGAGAUACUGUUGCUAACACUAAUGCUAACGCUACAAGUGUUACCAAGGCCUUGAACUGUGCUACUGUAACACAUUUCCCUGUGACUGUAACCACGAGCAAAUAGUAUAUUUACACAGUACAGUUUAAACAGUUGAUUGUAGCAUCAGUUUUGUAAAUACCUUCAAUAUUUGGGUUUUGGCUCAUUUUUACUACUUUUAAAAGAGCACAGUAAUCAAAUAAUUUUAAUGUCUUUGUAAUAUGUAAAUAUUUAAAUAGUAUAUUUCUUUCCAUAUUAAAAUGAAGGGAGUGGAGUAGAAUUGAGAAAAAGAGAUGCAUGCAUAUUCAUCUUCGAUGACUGUGUAUUAAGCAAGGGGUUUAACUGGAGGCCUGGGCUUAGGUAAGACUUUUAAAUGUACAUGCAUUUGUAUUGCGAGGUAUAGUGUUGGGUCUCAAGAUAUUCAGGUGAGUUAAUUAUUAACAAGACGAUGAACUAUUACUAUUAAAAGACCAAUUCUAUUGAAUGAGGUAAACUCAUUGAAUCAAACUGCCUGUUUUCUGCUCAUCAGCAGCAGGUGGUGAAAAGGCUGAAAAAAUGUAAAAGAAAAAUGAAAACCAGAUCUAUAAACAAUGUAUCCUAUUUCUAAUGAAUAUAGUGUGGGCAAUUAUAGUGUUAAAUACAGGUUGAGAGAGGAAGAUGGAGCCGGAGUUUAGGUGGCCCUCUAGUGUUCAUUUUUGGGCACUGCUAUAAACUGGAGCAUCCUAUGAUGGAGGUUUAGGUAAUGCAUAAUAAUCAUAGUCAAACGUAUUGAUUUACUACAAUUACUAAAUAGACCUUACAAAGUUAAUCGUGUCAAGGCUGGAAUUUUAAUUCUAUGAAAAAUGUAGUGUAGGAAAUGAGGCGGGCAUUAGGUGCCAUUAAUUGCGGACCAUCAAACAGGCAAACUCAUUUACAUAAUAAAUGCAUUCCAUACAUAGUAAUCCUGCAGGCCAGGCUUCUACUACAUCUAUACAAAUAACUAAAUAUUUAAAUGUGAAAUAUUCAAUAUUAUAACGGCUAUUUUAGUAUAACAUUCAGUUGUUUCACAGCGUGUACUUUCAACCAGUAGAUGGCGUUUGAGCCCAUGUUUUGGUGCAAUUACAUUAGUGUUCAUGGAAUAUUCAAUCUCCUCUGUUUGCGGAACAAAAAGAAUUUUAAAGGACAAUAGAGCCCAUUUCUCUAAAUCUGGCCAGGGGAAAUAUAAAGGUAGUCCUGGGUUAAUACUGAUCAUUGUACACUCUCACUAAGUCACAUCAAAUAGUGUUCCCAAUUCUCAGAAGCAAGUACAAUGAUGAAAAUGUCUCAUUUUGGGGGUAGAAAGUUUAAAUUUUGUUUCAGCUUAGUUUAUCUGAAAACUGUGUGUCAUGAAUCAGCAUCCCAAAUUGUAAUAUUAUUCUGAGAAGUUAUGGCUGUAACAUGCUCUUGCUGUGAGAUGGUUACCCUUGUGAACAACAAACUGUUAUCACACCAAAAUAAAAGCAGCGUGGCCUAAAAUAA